UUCGUUUCACAUCUUCAUUUUUGAAAUUAGAAACCAUCUCUUCCUCUCUCAGCUGUCUUUUUAAUCCCCCUUUUCUCAUUUUCCCUUUUGCAAUUUUCACUAACAGUCCUUCUUUCUAUCUUAGCUCUCAGAAACUUCAAUAACAAUGAAGAAAGUUGUGUUGAAGGUGGAAGUACAUGAAGACAAAAUCAAGCAAAAAGCUAUGAAGGUUGUCUCUGGCAUUUCAGGGGUUGAGUCAGUUUCUGUGGACAUGAAAGACAAGAAAUUGACCGUAAUUGGGGACAUUGAUCCAGUAAAAGUAGCAGCCAAGCUGAGGAAGCUUUGUCACGCAGAAAUAGUUUCAGUUGGACCAGCAAAAGAGGAAAAGAAGGAAGAGCCUAAAAAAGAUGAUAAAAAGGAAGAUGACAAGAAAAAAAAUCCACCAAGCGAAAUCGUGGCAGAUCAACUCAAGUUCUAUCAAACCCAUGCCUAUUAUUAUCAGAUGAAACCACAAUACAAUCCAUAUUACAGUGCCAUAAGUGUGGAAGAGGAUCCUAAUAGCUGUGUCAUUAUCUAAAUUUUUUAUUACUAGGUUGGAUCAAACAAAUUAUUCCAAAAAAAUAUAUAUUGUAUUUGUAUUAUCUCCGUUUCUUCUAAUGAUUUAAAUUUUAAAUUGAGGGAUAGCUAGCUAGUGUGGCCAAACAGUAAGAUUAGUAUGGUAUACAUGCUUAGAUUUUGUUGGUUUCAAACAAAACUUAUCCAGAAUCUUGUUGUCUUACUUAUAAGUAACAACUAAGAAAUAUUCGGCGAUUGAGUAAAUUUGAGUGUAAUUUUAAUAUAUAUGUGCAGGUGUGUUUCUUUCAA